AUGUUUUCAAGCAAUCAUCAGGUCCAUCAGGACAAUGAAAAGAAGGCCGACUGCUGCGAACGCCCCAGCCAACGAGCUGAUCACCAAAUGGAGCAUGGAUCAAGUGACGCUUCAGAAAGAGAGAAAUCUCAAAGUCCGGGGGAGCCCAGACUCAGCGAGGAUGCCAGGGAAGACCUUGAUAUAUCCCUCACAUCCCAAGAUCAAAAAGGCGAAUCGGAGGAUAUGGACACUGCCAAAGCUCAUCUCAAUUACAGCUUCAGUCCGUAUAGUAACAGCCCCAUUGAAAAUCCUGGGGGCUCCGCAAUGAGCACAGGAGCUUUAUCUACUGUGGCAACAAGCAAUGAGCGUCUGGUGAAUACCUUACCGGUACAUCCUCGAAACACCUACUCAACUCAACCCGGUUCGCAACACGCAACAGCAUUCAAUGGUCAGAAUAAAAGCACUGCGCUCACCAGAGGACUAGGGAAAAGCCCACAAGACUUUUGGGGCGAGUCCUACCCUCCCGGGAUAAUAGCCAAGGGGCCGGGAGCCGGGGUAUCCGCCUCUACUGUGACACACUGGCUCAACUUGUCGCGGCACUGGAAAAGACUAUGGGUGACGUCAAACACACAAAAUGACACCUUAAUCGCCAAGAACAAGGGUUUGAGUGCGGAAAACGAAGCUUUACUCAACAGGAUCCACGAUCUUGAGUCGAACAUAGAGCAGCUCAACUUGAAGUACGCGCAGGAGCUCACCAACCGUGAAAGACAAUACCGAAGAUGGGAGAGCAAUCUUGAUGGCAAGAUCAAGAGGCUUGAAAACGACAAGGAGGCGCAGGAAGAGAGCAUACGACGUGCUCAAGUGGCCGCACAGGCCAUGAUGGAGCAGUGCAAGACUUUUGCCUCAACUGAUAGCGAAGUCGAGGCUUGGUUCAAGACGAACAGCGACAGCUGGUACGAUUGGGCCAAGUCCUUUGCACAUAAAGACCCCUCGAACCUCACCAAGCUUCCAGGCGAUGCCUGGAACGACCCUAGUGUGUUUGUGGCUUUACAAGAUGGCAGGCUCCCGGUGGGGUUGGCGGCCGACCAAAAGUUGCCAUACUUGCUUCUGCAGGGCAUGAUGACCAACUUCAUCUGCUCGCAUGCGUUUGGGUCACCAUGGUGGAUUUUUGAAGCACUAAACCAAUAUGACCCGGACCUAAGUGAAACCAGGCGCCUAUUAGACAAACAUGUCAACGAUGCGGAGGCAGCCCAGAAGAUCUUAGCCUCAAUACGUACAGAGGUGCCCACCAUGCGUCAGAACAUUGACCGUCUUUUCCAGCAACUACAAAACAUUCCAAAAGACUCUCGCCAUAAGUUUAGAGUAUCGCUGGUGAGGUUCUUCUCUGCUCAUGGCAUGGCUGCUGAUGCAGAGAGCUCGCUUCGAGGUGGGGAACAGGCUCUACUUGACGCGCGAACCAGAUUUGCAGGACACUUGACCAGCAGGUUCCUCGCUGGUCCAGCGCACUACUUGCUCCGCAAUCUAUCGGAGGAGGAAUGGCAAGACUGUUCGAGUGGCCUCGAGGAGCAGAUUAACCAGGCCCUUCAACAAUCCCUAGGCCUUUGGACUCACCGGUCUUACAUGCGCUGCUACGACCUUCCUAUCUUACAGCAGCUGGGGCAGGAUGUAUUCGAGGCGGGUUCAGAGCUCAUGCAGCCUCAUCAGGCUCACCAACUCGGUCAGCUCAAGCGGGCGCAACACCACGGCACGCCUGUUGUCAUGGUUGUUCAGCCAGCCAUAGUCGUUUGUGGUACUGAGGAGGGUCAGGAUUAUGGCCGCAUCAGACGUGUCUGGAUGCCAGCUAAGGUGUUGAUUGCGGGCGCACCAGUGUCUCAUGACAGAAAGGAGGGAGGCCGUCUGCAUGGCUGA